AUGAUGAUUGAGGAGAUGAAACUUCAAUUAAUCUAUAGGGCAUAUUAUCCUAUUAGCAUCACACUAUCCCUUAUUACAAACAUUCUGCUACUCUUUAUCAUGAAAACUACGAGGUCAGCACUGCUCAAAGAUAUGCAGUAUUAUUUAUUGAACACUGCGAUUUGUGAAAUUUUGGUCAGUGCGUCAACGUUUCUAGCGCAAUGCAGACCGGUUGCCAACAAAUCAACCCUCGCAGUCUUCUGCUACGGACCAUGCAAACAUUUUGGUCCCAAUACCUGUUUCUUCAUGUUUGCCCUGGUACAAGCUUCCGUUGUAGCUGCCAGCUUCUCUAUUCUACUCUCAUUCUACUACCGGUAUCGUCUGCUCCAAGUGCACGUGAAAAAUGCACGUAGUCACAAGAAAACCAUUGCCAUAUUCUCUCUGCUUCCUACUUCUAUGUUGAUAUUUCAACUGUUCACCGAGUCGGACUUUGCAAUCGUUGAAGCGGAAACAAGAGCAUUGCAUCCAAAUUAUGACUAUACCAAUAACUCAUUGAUUGGGUUUUCAAACACAAAGGGAGUAGGAGGGACCAUUUCGCAGAUAUCUAUUUCGUUAGGAGUUUACUCGGCACCAUUUAUUGCUCUCUAUUACAAAAGAAAAAUCACCAAGGUCAUCACUUCAAACACCAGUAUUCAACGAAUACCAGUAGCUUAUUAUCAUUCCAGUCUCUACGCAGAAUAUCUACUCAACACUUUGGGAUCAUUUACUGCAUUUAUCAACCCAUUGCUCACAUUCUACUAUGUGCUGCCGUAUCGCCGAGCACUUUGCAAACGAGUUUUCAAAUAUUUCCCAAGCGUAUCGGAAGAAGGUACUGAUAUCACCACGUAUCCAGCUACAACGAACUUUCAUCGACGGAACACAGCAACAACGAAAGUUUAG